CACUGCUAACGUACGCUGCACUGCGCGCUCCAUCUAACCUACACCCUCCGUCCCCAUGUUCCUCUCUAGUCCCUCGCCGUUUGUUUCCCGAGAAACCAAAAGAAAACAAAACAAAAGGAAAGGAAAAGACAGACCGUGAGAAAGACCUCUGUGCUUCUCAGCUAUGGCGAUCAGAGCCACGGUCUCUCGGUUUCCGAUUGACCCGGGCGCGCAGGAGGGGUCGGGGCUGCCAUGGGGCUUGACGGUGACGCCCUUCGCGGCUAAGGACGAGAACGGUCAGUCUCCGGAGUAUGGAUCGGACGGGCAUCUAUUGCCGAGGUGCGAGAAUUGCUGGGCCUACUUCAACACCUACUGCGAGCUGGAGCAGUGGUCCUGGAGUUGCUCGCUUUGUGGAACCCUCAAUGGCCUCUCCUCCAAGGCCAUCGCUCGCUACUCUCGCCCCCAGUCUUGCCCCGAGAUGAUAUCCUCAUUUAUAGAUCUCGAGCUGCCCGCGGAAGGACCGGAGGAAGAAGCGAUGCAAGCACAUCCCGUGUAUGUUGCAGCUGUAGAUUUGUCAUCCUCGGAAGAAUUUUUGGAACUUACUAAAAGUGCGCUGCUGGCCGCUUUAGAAGCUCUUGGACCUGGUUCAUUGUUUGGACUUGCUACCUUCAGCCACAAACUAGGGUUGUAUGAUGUUCAAGGGCCUAUACCUGUGGUAAAGAAUGUUAUAAUUCCACCUGAUACGGAGGGAACCCUGCCAAUCGAGCUCGAGGAUGUCAUGCCUUUGCUACAAUUCUUGGCUCCGGUUGAAACUUGUAAAGACCGUAUUGCGUCUGCACUUGAAACGCUUAGACCUACAACUUCAUGGGAGAGAACCACAGCAGCAGGUCAAGGGAUGGAUGGUGUUCUGAUGGGUGGGCGAGGUUUUGGGGUGGCAAUGGAAGCCCUUUUCAAUUACCUUGGAUCAGAAUAUGGAAGCACAUUUGCAUUAGCUAGAAUCUUUGCCUUUCUGUCUGGGCCUCCGGAUUAUGGAGCUGGGCAGCUGGAUACGAGGCGGUAUGGCGAGCAAUAUGCUAGUAAAGGAGAGGAUGCAGACCGUGCUCUACUUCCUGAGCAGACACCUUUCUACAAAGAUCUGGCUGCUGUCGCUGUUCAAGCAGGUGUUUGUGUGGACAUAUUUGCUGUCACAAACGAGUAUACAGAUUUGGCAUCCCUGAAGUUUCUUAGUAUUGAAAGUGGUGGCUCAUUACUUUUGUAUUCAAAUGCUGAUGAUUCCACUCUUCCUCAAGACAUGUACCGAAUGCUAAGUCGACCAUAUGCAUUUGGUUGUAUACUGCGAUUGAGGACAUCUACUGAAUUCAAACCUGGAAACUCUUAUGGCCAUUUCUUCCCAGAUCCACAGUAUGAAAAUGUUCAGCACAUUAUUUGUUGUGAUUCUUAUGCCACAUAUGCUUAUGACUUUGAGUUUGCCAAUAAUGUUGGAUUUUCAAGACAUGCCUCAGAAGUUCCUACACUACAGAUUGCAUUUCAAUACACAGUUGUUGUGCCCCCUGAGGAACUUUCACAUUCGGGAUUGGAUUCUGAAACUAGACCGAAGCAUUCCCUCAAACGACGACUAAGGAUUCGAACUUUGCAAUAUGGAACAGCUCAGAAUAUUAAUGAGCUUUAUGACACUGUUGACCCCGAAGUAGUUCUAUCAUUACUUGUUCACAAGGUUAUAUUGGCCUCUUUAGAGCAAGGGGUUAGGGAGGGCAGGAUGUUGCUACACGAUUGGCUAGUGAUCCUCACAGCUCAGUAUAAUGAUGCUUAUAAACUUGUUCAGUACAAGAAUGGAAGUUCAAUAACUACACAGAUUGAUGUUGCAUUCUCACAAUGCCCACAACUGCAGCCCUUACCCCGCUUGGUUUUUGCUUUGCUUCGAAAUCCUCUUCUCCGUUUCCAUGAAGAAGGUGUUCACCCAGACUACCGGAUCUACUUGCAAUGCCUUUUCAGCGCAUUGGAACCAAGUUCCCUUCACCGUGCUGUGUAUCCGGUGCUGGUGUCAUAUUCUACUCCAGAUAAACAAGCAUAUCCACGCCACUCAUUGAAUCGUGCUGCACUGUUUACCAGCGGUAGUCCAAUAUUUUUCCUUGACGCAUUUACAACACUCAUUGUGUUUUAUUCUUCAACAGCAGACCCUGCAAUUCCUUUUCCUCCUCCUCAUGACUGUCUGUUGCGGAAUAGUAUUAACAAAUUAAAGCAAGAAAGAUGCAUCACUCCCAAACUCAUAUUUAUCAGGGGAGGGCAGGAUGAUGCCACAGUUUUUGAGAACUAUCUUAUUGAGGAACAAGACGUCGAUGGAAGCGGCCUCACAAGCGUCAUGGGUUUCAUUUCCUUCCUAGAAGAUAUUACACAAAGCGUGUUGGAAUACCUGAAGUAGAAGACAAGUACCAGAAACCCAAUCACAAAUUACAAUUACAGGGAAACAAAAGAAAGAAAAAAAGGUACAACUUAUAUAUUCGUCAGGAGUAUAGUUGUCCAUGUUUUUGUUCAAAACAGGAAUAUAGUUGGAUCAAACUGAGCUAGGACGAGUUGCUUUUCUUUCUUUUCUUUUUUGAAUAAAGUUGCUUUUCUUUCAGCUGUUUUUUCGCAAUGCUUGGAAAUGAAAUCAGUCAUUUCAUUGA